AUGUCGGACUUUCAGUGGCGGCUCCAGAGUAUUUUUGUUGGCAACAACCCUGCUCACCGGUACUACCUGGCCACGGACCCGGUCACAGGACAGCUGUACGUGUCGGACACUAACUCCCGCCGCAUCUACAGACCCAAGAUGCUCAGCGGCGCCCGUGACCUCAUCAGUAAUGGAGAAGUAGUGGCUGGUACAGGUGAACAAUGUCCUCCAUUUGAUGAAGCACGAUGUGGAGAUGGAAGAAAAGCUACAGAGGCACAACUGCUGGGACCUAAAGGGAUUGCAGUAGACAGGAACGGAUUGAUCUACUUUGUGGACGGGACUAUGAUCAGGAAAAUUGAUCGUAAUGGAAUCAUUUCCACAAUGCUGGGCAGCAACGACCUGACCUCUGCACGACCUCUGACCUGCGACACCAGCAUGCACAUAAGACAGGUUCGUUUGGAAUGGCCCACAGAUCUAGCCAUCAAUCCAAUGGAUAACUCCAUCUACGUCCUGGACAACAACGUUGUGCUGCAGAUCACUGAAAACAGACAGGUAAUGUCCAUACGCACUGCAUGA